AUGUCUGUGAAAGCCCCAGGGCCUGAUGGUUGGGACAUCCCUUUCAUAAAGAAGCUCGAGCCCCAACAUUGUGAUAGCCUAGUGGAACUUUUUACCAUGAUGGAAAGGGAAGCUGCCCUUCCUCACCAAAUGCAAUUCAGCUUGGUGGUCCUCUUGCCCAAAAACGAGACCAUCGAAAGACCCAUAGCUUUGAUGCAUUGCCUGCUCAAGGCCUAUUUGAAAAUGCGAUGGCCUUUGAUCUCCCAAUGGUUGGAGGAUGUCGACCGCCAGCUCUGGUGGGAUUCUGCAAAAAAGGGGACAAGUACUUUAGAUGUCAGCCUCAAAAGGAUGGUGGCUUUUGAGGGCAGUCGCUGCAACAACCGCCAUCGUGUGACUCUUUUUGUUGACUUAACGACAUUUUACGAAGGAGUUCCCCAUGAGGACCUGAUAAGAAAGGCGCUGGCAAUGAACUUUCCAGCGCCGUUGUUAAAUUUUGUUCUGCAGGCUUAUAAAGGACCCAGACUCAUCCAGUGUGAGGAAGGGGUGAGCCCUGUCCUUUUUGCGUCAAAGGGCAUACAGGCGGGAUGCCCUUUGGGGCCCAUUCUGGCCAAAGUAGCGCUUGCAGACCCUUGCGAAGAGGCCCUCUCAGGCUCCAGCGCCAAAGACACCAGUGUCUGGAUAGAUGACAUUGCAGUCGAUGCUGAAGAGCUCAAUCCAGGCCUGGCAGCCCGCAACAUCCUUGCACUGAGCAAACGACUCUUCGCAGCGCUUAGACAACGCGGGCACACGCCGUCGGCAAGCAAAACAUACUUUCUGGCCUCUUCCAAAGAGGCGGAACAAAGCCUUAAACGCAUCCGCGCAGAAUCGGACCCUCCGGUGAGUUCCUUAGGCCGGGACUUAGGCAUCACCACAGCGGGGGCGCGACGUAGAACCACUAAGGGCGCAAUGUCUCGAUUCAAAAAGGGAGGCAAAAGGCUUCAGCGGCUGCAUCGAUUGCAGGUACCACAGGCCAGACAGCGCGCCAGGCUUUUCUCGGCCAGUGUUCUCACCAGCGGCCUUUGGGGACAUCAGGGUCAGGGAGUCUCCCCAAAGAACCUCAAGAUGGUGAGGUUUCAGGCCGCGGUUCUUAACAACAAGCACAAGCUAGGUAGUGUAGACAUCACCCUGGACCUUCAAGAGCAUGUCAAGGAUCCCAUGGAAGGCAUCAUUGUCCAACAUUGGAGAGCCAUGUCCAAGCUUGUCCGCAACGAUCUCCCUUGGUUUGUGCGCACGUGGGAUGUUCUCAGUUCCGGGACUUUCGCAGCCAAGCGAACAAACUUACUGCCCUCAGAGCAGUUUGGCAAGGGGCGGUUCUUACUUCAAGCAAAGGAUCUCGCUCACAUUGCCCCCUUUGUCAUGUCCCGGGCAGUCUUGAACAUGUUCUCCAUGACUGUAAGUGGUGGCAACAUAGGCUUGCGAGCAUCAGCCGAGUCCCUGGCCCUCGGAGUGGAUUUGCCAUGCCUCACAUCGGCCCCACAACCUAGGUCAGUAAGUAUGCUUCCCGUUUACCUCAACCAAACCGGCAGCCGUUCUUCUCAGCAGUACCUCACCAUGGGGGGGCAGGGAAAAGGCAAGGGGUACGGUCGCUCAGUGCACCGGAACGACCCCCAGCAGGAGGAGCGAUGGCAGGAACUGGACGCGAAGCGGUGGGACAACUGGCAGUCACGAACGUCCCGAUCAACAGCGGUGCGCAACCGCGACAGGCCCAACAAGGCCGAAAGGGAGCUCACAAAGCGGACAGCGCGGGUCAAAGCAAAGCCCGCUCAAAGUCCUCGUCAGCCACCGCCUCCUCCUCCAAGCCGGCGGAGAAAGGAGGCAUCCGCGCCUUCUUUGGGACAAGCGCAGGCAAAAGAGGAGUGGGAGGCCCUUCCUCAGGUUACCUCUCCCAAGAGCGUCAAGUCCGAGCUCUCCUCAGAUUCCUCAAGCGUGGAAAUCCUGGACUCGGAGCUCACACCAUGGGACCGCAGAGUUUUCCUUAAGGGGGUGCAGCAGGUCAUGCUAGAGCAUGCCCCUGUGCACCUUGUUUCAGCCUCUAUCCCAAACAUCAAGGCGCCCUUCAGGCCUGAGUACUACUUGCACAAAGAAGUUCUUCUCCUUCGCCACCCCCUUCUCAAGCAGUGGCAGGAAACAACUGUGCAGCGUGCUGGCAAACCUGGGCAGCAUCGUAUUGCCUUUGACCUGGGCGAGCAUGUCCUCAAGAUAGGGGAGCAUGGUGAUGAGGCGGAGUUCUGCAGGUGGUUCCCAGGGCUUACGGCCCGUGUGCUCUGGGCAGGGCCUGUCCGUGUUGCGUUCACUGGCAAGCCUCCCCCCUGCGGGGAAGAAACAGUCCUGCAAGGUGAGAUCCAGGAGAAAGUCGAGCUUGCA